AUGAAAGUUUAUUCGAUCCUUGCUGGACUUUCACUCCUCGUAGUGGAAGUCACAAGUAAGCAUCCCAACCCAAAGAAGCAUGCAGUGGCACCUGUAUUAACACCCAUGACCCGUCAAUUACCCGUCACAAAGAUGGCACGUACUUUCUUUUCUCCACCGGCAAUAAGAUCGCCAUUCACGCAGCUCCAUCCAUCACUCUCAGGUCCGUGGAAGGAUGAUCUCUGGGCUCCCGAUGUCCAGAAGGUUGGUGAUAAGUACUAUUUGUACUACGCGCUGGUGUUUACGUCCAACUUUGAGGUCAAGGAGGCUCCGUACGAGUUUGCCUACAAGGGCUUUUACUACCUUUUUUUCUCUCAAGGUGUUUGCUGCAACUAUGACAAGAAGCUACCGGCAAAGGGAAAAGAAUAUCGUAUUCUUGUGUGCCGCUCAAAAAGUCCAACGAUUUUGCUUGACAGUGAGAACCGGGAUUGCCGAAAAGAUGGCGGGGCUGUUGUGCUUGAGUCGCAUGACGCGGUAUACGGACCAGGCGGUCAGGGUGUGUACAACGACCCGACACACGGUUUAGUAUUGUACUAUCACUACGUGGACACUACCGUCGGGUAUGCAGAUGGUAAAAAGUACUCUGGCUGGAACAAGCUCGACUUUUCAAGCGGAUGGCCGACUCUGUUGCCACCCGAUGACAAGUAA